GUUAACAUUUACAAUUCAUUAUUUCCAAUGGAGUAUUUUUAGACCAUAGUGUUUCUGCGUUGGGGAGGAGAGUAGAGCUGUGUUGUGUUUGGAGGAGGGCCUUCAUCAUUUAAAGAAGUAACAAGUUCCUGGUUAGCCAGUAAAGAAAGACAGUCAGUGGUAAACCAUCAGAGUCUCAGCAUGGAAGUCUGUCACACUUUGAUCUGCUUCUUCCUCCUCUUCUCUCUGCAGGAUGGAAGCACCGGUCUCGUCAGUGCCCGAGUCUUUGUCUAUUCAGUAACUGAAGGAGCAGAGGUCAGAGUUGAAUGCUCCUUUCCUUCUAAUAGAAGCAGGGAGGUCUUCUGUAAGGAACCAUGUGAACAAGAAGACAUUCUCAUUGAAACAACUGAUGCCUCAGCUCAGAGAGGCAGAUACAGGAUUGAUUAUGAAGGUGGAUAUUCUUUUGUGACCAUCUCUCAGCUGACCAAGUCUGACUCAGGACGCUACAGGUGUGCUGCGGUUACACAAGAGGUUUCAUACCAGUAUAUUGAGAUCAUCGUUGUUGAUGGUGAGUUUCUAAAAACUGAAUCUUCUUCCUUGUCUUAAUAAUAGUUUUACCUUUUCACCAUUACCUCAUCUAAAUCCUACAUGUCUUCUGAAAGUAACCGAUAAACCGAAACUGACACACGUACACACAAGUGUUUUUUAAUAUUAUUGUUU